CAUGCAAACACAAAGAAGGUUGGCCCAAAUAAACAUGUCCUGGGUCCUCCAUCUCUCCUACGUGGUAAUAAAUAAAGCAAAAAGCGCGUACACUUCACUCGCACUUAUCACUUAACGUUAACGUCACCACAACGUUAUCACACAUCUUCACCUUCUUCUUUCUUUCCCUAACGCCGUUCCCUCAAACCCUUUCACCGUCUUCUCCGCCGUUAAUCUCAUGGCUUCUUGCGACGAUGACGACGAUUUCUCUCUCCUUCACGACGAUAACAACCACCACUCUCACCACCACCACCUCCACCAAACCUUCGCACCUCACCACCACCACAACCACCACUCUCACCACCACUUCUCCACAGCUUCAGUCCAAUCCAAACACAUCACCACCUCCGUCUCCGCCGCCGUCGCCGACGACGACGGAGACGACACCGAUGACUACGGUAAUCCGUUCGACGAUGACGCUGGUAGCGAGAAACGUAAAGAUCGAGAUCGAGAUGAGAUCUGCGAUGCAACUACGUCGUAUGGAUUCAACAACAAACGGUCAAAACCGGUUUCUAGCGGUAACGGUGGAGGAAGUGCCGGAGUAGGAGCAGAGUAUAGAAAGGAUCGAGAAGAAUGGAGUGAUACAGCGAUAGUGUGUUUACUCGAAGCGUAUACAGAGAAAUUUACGCAGCUGAAUCGAGGGAAUCUAAGAGGAAGAGAUUGGGAAGAAGUAGCUUCAAUGGUGAGUGAACGGUGUGAGAAUCAAUCAAAGAGUGUGGAACAGUGUAAGAACAAGGUUGAUAAUUUGAAGAAAAGGUAUAAGCUAGAGAGACAUAGAAUGAAUAAUGGUUGUAUUUCUGCUAGUCAUUGGCCUUGGUUUAAGCAGAUGGAACAUAUUGUUGGGAAUUCGCUUCCGGCCAAGUUUGCGGAUGAUGAUAAAGCUAUUGUUCCUGCUUCAAUUUCACCUAGGCAAUCUAAGAGAUAUGGAGUGGCUACGUCCAGCAGUGGAGGUCAAGUAAACAGCCUGAAGUCCAAAGCAUUGUCAAACCUUAGAUGGCGGAGAGUUGUUCUAAAAAUCAGCGGAUCGGCACUUACCGGAUCCGAUACCUGCAAUAUUGACCCUAAGGUGGCCAUGUUAGUUUCAAAUGAAGUUGCAAUAGCUUCCCGUCUUGGUGUGGAGGUAGCAAUUGUUGUUGGAGGUCGUAAUUUCUUCUGUGGAGAUGCAUGGGUAACUGCAACUGGUUUAGAAAGAUGCACUGCAUACCAAGUUGGCAUGAUGGCAACUGUGAUGAACUCCUUACUGCUUCAAUCAACUUUAGAGAAGAUGGGUGUUCAGACUCGUGUACAAACUUCAGUUUCAAUGCAGGCGUUUGCUGAACCAUACAAUAGGCAACGGGCCAUCAGGCAUCUUGAGAAAGGAAGAGUUGUUAUAUUUGGUGGCAUUGGUUUUGGUGCUGGCAAUCCACUUUUCUCAACUGACAUAUCUGCUGCUCUUCGGGCUUCAGAGAUUAAUGCUCAGGCUGUCCUCAAAGGUACUAACGUAGAUGGUGUAUAUGACUGCAACUCACGAGACAACAAUUUCACUUUCGAGCACAUAUCCUUCAGGGAGCUAGUGUCUAGAGGUGUCACCUCUAUGGAUAUGUCAGCCCUGACAUUCUGCGAGGAGAAUGCCAUUCCUGUUGUAGUUUUUAAUCUAUUGGCACCCGGGAACAUUUCAAAAGCUUUGUGUGGAGAACAAGUUGGCACACUUAUUGACCAAACUGGAGCAAUAAGCUAACAUAACAAUUAACUCAACAAAUUCAAUUAUUGUUAGGAAAUUAGAACCAUUAAGUUGGAUACUUGCCACCACUGGGAAAUUGUAGAGCUGAAGUCCCAAAUUCCGUUUUCGUUUGCUUAUGUUGUUUACGUGGUGGUUGUACCUUUAUUAUAUUUCUGCAAAAUGUAAAAAAAGAAAUGCCUCUGUAAAUUAUUCACAGAUGAGUUGUAGAAUUGUGAUGUAUUAGGAUUAGCCUUCCUUUGUCGGUAAAAUGCGAACAGAUAUGGAGUAAUAUAACUGUCUAUUCUUGCUAGUAUACUGAUAAUUGCUUCAA